AUGCCCAUGCUUCUCAGUCCAACCACACAGCAUCUCCUCCAACUCCCUUCUUCGCAUUCCCAAGACCACCGCUCGAUUCCUUCUUCGCAUUCCUUUAUCCAUUCGUCGCUACUGACAUCCUUCCUCAUCUUCGACAGUUUCAUCGUCGCUAUUGAAUGCCCCUCCGCCAGUGCAGCUCCGAAGACCAGGAAGAGGGCGAGGGACGACGAUGAUUUCAAGAGAGCCGUAGAGAUCAUUAUGGUUUUGUCGGCCUUGGGACAGAUGCGAGGCGGCAAGGAGCCGGCAGCGGCCAAGAAGGCGCUGGUGACCGAGGCCAAGGAGAGGCUUGUGGUGAUGUGCGAGGCCGCCAAACCGAAGGAUCUCGUCUCCACGGAGGCAGUGAGGAUCGUGGCGGAGGAUCUCGAGCUGAAUAGGUCUAAGGAUCCUGCUUUGGGAUUCCAGCCGCCCAGGAUGUCCAUCGCAGAGAAGUUGAUGUUGACCAAGAAAAAGAUGAAAGUGUCCAAGGAAACAAACGUGCAUUCAUCAGUUCAUUCCUCUCAACAGCUUCCUGUAAGUGUUGGUGCAAAAUCUGAAUCUCGUGGUACCAUUGCAUCUGGUGCUUCUAGGUUUUCACAGGACAAGAGUCCUAUGCCAACAUCCUCUGGAGGCUUUCAUAAUUCUUCAACUAUAUCUCAUGUUCCUGUGUUGGCCUGGGCUGCCCAUAAUUUGAAGCAGUCACUGAUUAGUGAUGUGCAAGCUGGUGUCAAUACCAUUAAACAUUCAUCUAGUUCCCGUGAUAAGGCUUUGCCUUCAGCACAUAAUGGAUUAAAUGCUAGACCUAGUGGACCAUCUUAUCCGACACAAGAUCAAGCUGAAAAUCCACCUCAAAAAAUCCCAACCAUCUCUUCCAUGCAAUCACCAUCUGUUGCUGCUGUGUCAAGGUUUAGCCAACCAAACAAAUUGUUGGAUCAUACUUCAAUUAGGUCAGAGGGUAUUGCCGAUGCAAAUGCUAGCCAAUCUUCUCAUCAAAUGAAAAAUCAGGAAAUAAAGUCUUCUACAGUUCAAGCAGGACAAGGAGGCCUGCAUAUUACACAUCAACCUACUCAAGGCUUGGCAUUCUUUCAUGCACCUUCUCUUUAUACCAAUCACAAUGAGAUUGGUAAGAGUGUGCAGAGGAUAUUGCAAUCGAAGGUUCUGGAUCACCUAAACUGGAUUCCUCCAUCAAGUGACUAUAUGAAUGCUUCUUUAAAUUGCCAGAUAUGCAAACAUGUGAUUUCAGAUACAGAAAGUUUGCUUGUCUGUGAUGCUUGUGAGAAAGGAAACCAUUUGAAAUGUCUUCAAUCUUAUGGCAGCAAAGACAUUCCUAAAGCAGAAUGGCAUUGCCCAAGCUGCUUGGCAUCAAGUAAUGGAAAGACCUUGCCACCCAAAUAUGGAAGGGUCACAAGAGCUCCUGUUCCAGCACCAAGAGCUGCACCAAAUACAAGCAUCAAUGUUACUUCUAAGAAAACAGAAGAUUUGGAUCCUAACACUAGUCGACGGAAAGCACUAGCCAACAACAAUUCUUAUGUGUCUCAACAUUCCAAUUCUUCGAAUUUGGGUGGCAGCCAUUAUGAUUCAAUGGUAAUUGGUGCUGAAAUGGAUUCGAGGACAAAUGGAGUUAAGAGAGACAAUGAAAAAUGUGAUGCAGUAGGUGAUCAUUUGGAGGAAACAAAUGGAUCUGUAUGUGCUAAUUCUGAUGCAUCUUGUGGGUAUCCCAACGAUAUUGAGAAUGAUAGUGGCUUCAAUGCAUCUAUAUAA